AUGACCACACAAGUAAAAUUUCUGGAUACCACGCUCCGCGAUGGAGAACAGUCGGCCGGCAUUGGCAUGACUGUCGACGAAAAACUGCAAAUCGCCCGCCAGUUGGCCCGGCUCAAGGUUGACAUCAUCGAGGCCGGUUUCGCCGCCAGUUCACCCGGCGACUUCCAGGCUGUGCAACGGAUUGCCCAGGAAGUCCACGGGCCGGUAAUUUGCUCGCUGUCCCGCGCCGUGGCCGGUGACGUAGACGCCGCGUGGAACGCCAUCAAAGACGCCGACAGCCCACGCAUCCACGUUUUCCUGUCUUCGUCUGAAAUCCAUCAGAUGCACCAGCUGAGAAAAGAUCGCGAAGACGUGAUGACUAUGGCGGUGGAAAUGGUCGCCCGGGCCAAGUCCUAUUGCGACGACGUCGAGUUCUCGCCCAUGGACGCCACGCGAACCAAUCCCGAUUACCUCUAUAGGAUGCUGGAAGAGGUGAUCAAAUCCGGCGCCAAAACCAUCAACAUCGCCGAUACCGUAGGGUACGCCAUCCCUUCGGACUUCCAGGCAAUGUUGCGAGACAUCCAGCUGUACGUCCCGGGAAUCGAAGGCGUUACGCUGUCCGUCCAUUGCCACAACGAUCUGGGCCUGGCGGUUUCCAACAGCCUGGCCGCCAUCGAAGUCGGCGCCCGCCAGGUGGAGGGUUGCAUCAACGGUAUCGGCGAACGCGCCGGGAACGCCUCCCUCGAAGAAAUCAUCAUGGCUCUGGACACUCGCAAGGACCUUUUCGGCGUCGAACUCAACAUCGACACCACCCAGAUUUACGCGGCGAGCCGCCUCGUCAGUCGGAUAACCGGUAUGAGCGUUCAGGCUAACAAAGCCAUCGUGGGCGAAAACGCCUUCCGACACGCCUCCGGCAUCCACCAGGAUGGCGUUUUGAAGGAUCGUUCCACCUACGAGGUUAUGAGCCCUGAGCGGGUCGGAUUGCCGCCCGAAGUCCAGUUGGUGCUGGGUAAACUCAGCGGUCGCGCCGGGCUGCAGGCUCGCCUGGAAUUAUUGGGUUAUUCCCUCGACCGCGAAGAGGUUACCGGUGUUUACCAACGUUUCCUCGAAUUGGCCGACAAGAAGAACGAGGUUACCGACCGCGACCUCGAAAUCCUCAUGGACGAGGAGAACCGCACCGCUUCCGAACCCAUAACCUUCUCGCUGGACACGGUGCACUUCACCGGCGGCGACAAGGACAUCCCCACGGCCACUGUCCGGCUCAUCGGGCCUGAUGGAACCUUCCUCACCGACGCAUCCACCGGCAACGGUCCGGUCGAUGCCGUGUGCCGGGCCAUCGACCGCGUCAUCGGAUGCAGCACCACGCUGGCCGACUUCCAGGUCCAGGCGGUUAGCGAGGGACUGGAUUCGGUGGGUUCAGUGACCAUGCGUAUCGAAAACGCCGGCAGGGUGUUCUCGGGUCGCAGCGCGUCCACCGAUAUCAUCGUGGCCAGCGCCCAGGCCUACCUCAGCGCCGUGAAUCGGAUGCUGGCGGCUGACGAGGCUGAAUCGCUGCCCGCAGUAGGAUCCACGCCCGACUAG